AUGAAUGAUGAAGAACGUAAUGCGAUAAUCAAUUCAGGACUCAAAUUAAAGAAAGCUUAUCCUCAACCACUUUUCUUGUACACUUCUUUUAUCAAAGAUUUUAAUUGGAAUGAGCUUGAAACAGUGGUCAGUUGGUACACUCACAAUGCCCCGGAUGAUCCCGUUGCGCGUGAUAAUUCAAUCUGGCAAACCACAUAUCAGGAUAGUAAUAACAUCAAUCAAAUGGCAUUACAAUUUCUCACACAAACAUAUAAACUCAUCUUCCGAACCGCUGAAAAUUUAGAAAGUUUAUUCAUCGAUACAACCUAUCUUUUAUAUUUGCUUCCGGACUUCACUUCCUCAUUUCAUACACCGUUUAUUUUGGCAAAAUUGAAAAAAGUCAAGCUUUCAUUGAACUACGACGAAGAAGAAUGGGAAAACAAUACAGAAAAUUUGAGAGAUUUGAUAAAUGCAUUAAAGUUGGUGAGCCGUAAUAUCAGGAUUUUGGAAAUCAGUACCAAUGUACUUGAAUUAAGUAAUAUUCAUCAGCUUUGUGAUUUACUCAAAUUUCAGCAUAAUUUAGAGGAUCUUAUUUUAGAAAAUAUUAGAGAUGAACAUGUUUCAAUCAUUCAUACUCUUCAGCAGCAUCAGGCAAAAUCUCUAGUUUACCUAGAAUUCCGCUAUUCUUCUCUCGCAAUUUGGACAGUAACCUUACUUAAAAAACUAGAGAUAUUUACAAGAAUGGAAGGAAUAGCAUUUAUGUCGUGCAGAUGGAACAGCAGACAUGAAAACUCUUUUAUUGAUUGGUGGACAGAGUUAUCACAAUUUCCAACGAGUCUAAAUAGGUUAUAUUUUAAUUGUACCGCAAUAAAUGAUAAAAUCGUGAUUCCAUUGAUAAAAAUCGUUGGAAACAAUUUAAAGGAGCUUGUAGUUCGAAACGAUUGUACUCAACAAUUGUUCGAAGUCAUUGCGGAACAUGCGAAAAAUAUUUCUUCUUUGGAACUCGGGCUUGAAGUUGCAUCAGCACCAUUUCUUCAAACAAUAAUAUCACUUCAAAGCUUGCAACAUUUAAGCUUGAGAUCAGCUUACUUGCUAUCUGAUGACUUUUUGAUAGAAUUAUCGAAAAACAUGAAACCAAAUACGAAAUUCUAUUGCGCUUCUGAAUUAACUCCACACGUGUUGGCUUCCUUUCUAUCAAAUCGCAUUAAACCAACUGAUUACCAUAAUGCUAUACUAUGGCCCCGUAACUUUUAA